AUGUUCCUAGACGGCCUGAGUACAAUAGAGGGCCACAAAUUGUUUAUAUUAGAAGACAGCCUGGCAUUUCCUCUUUCUCAUCUUACAGAUGCAUCUUCUCUGCAGCAGCACGGAGUAGAGCGCUGCUUUGCCCUGGCAGCAUUUCCUAUUUCUCUUUCUUCUGUUCCCCCACAGACAGCCCGAGCCCCCACAGUUGUAUUUGUAUGCCGCCCUCGCCUUUCUCGCCUUCCUCUUAUCCUUCGGCACAUCCAUUUCGUUGAAGACAAUUUUCCUCAGGCGCAGCCUCCUCCUGCAGCAGCAAAGGCAGCGGCUGUAGCAUCAGCUGCUGCUGCAUCAGGGUCAGCCUCCAGCGCGGACCCCGCCCUACUGUGGCAGUUUCCUCUCCCCCCAAUUGCAGCAAAGAGCGGCAGGAGAUAUGUUGUUGUUUUGAUAGCUGAGCCUUCGGAGUUCAUUGCAAGUGAGAUCCGCCGUCUCCUUUCUGCACCGAUAGCCCCAAAAACACAUGCAGCGGAGCAGCAGUCUGCAGGUCAUUCUUCGUUGCCUGCUGCUGCUGCUGCUCUCAUCUCGAACCUAGGAAAUUCCCUGCUGCCUCUAGGCUCCAACAAUACCACCCAAGACAGUCCCGAAUGCAGCAGCAGCAGCAGCGUGAGCGCAGACAGUGUUGUGGUGACGCACUGCCCUAUUCAGCUUUUCCCUGUUGAACGCGAUGUACUGUCUCUGGAGCUGCCGAACUUUUUUAGGGCUUUUCAUGGACAGGGAGAUAUCUCUUUGUGUAAGACAAUUGCCAAUGCAAUUGACGUCCUGCAGCAGCAGCAGCUACAGUUCCAGCAGGAGCAGCCCCUGCAGCUGCUGCAGCAGCCGAAGGAGACGCAGCAGCGGCUUAUUCCCCAUCUACGGUGUAUCGGGAGUGCCGCGAAGACAGUCAGCGAUUUUUUGAUUCAGAAGCGAAAGCAGCAGCAGCAGCAACGACAGCGUUUUGAGGAUCCUUACGUAGGGGCCUUAAUGGAGACGCAGCAAGCGCCACUUCCCCCUGUGCCUCCCGUGUAUUCUGUUUUGGAUGCAGAGGAUUGUGGUUCGUCUCAUCCGUUUGCAGGCAGUAGCAGUGCUGCGCUUCGUGCAGAAGAAGGCGAGGCAGCAGGAGAGGGCAGAUGGGGAGCAGACUGCGGCAGCAGUAGGCUUGUGCUGCCACAUGCUCCGCACAUGGCGGUGUUAUUCGACAGACGCGUGGACCUUGUGACCCCUCUUUGCACGGACUUCACCUACCAGGGGCUCCUAGACAGCACGUUAGGCAUUGAAGGCGCAAGUAUAGAGAUUCCCAAACACUUGCUCCUCCAGCAGCAGCAGCAGCAGCAGCAGGACCAGCAGGACCAGCAGGACCAGCAGCAGCCGUCGUUGAGCGAAGGCGUCGUGUCUCCGCCCUUGCCCGGCAACCUGGGGGGCAGUGUGCUAAUUGAAAGGGGCCGAGGGCAGCGCGUGCCUCUUUCUGGAGACAGUCUCUUUUUGAGUUUGCAGGACUUGCACCAGACGGAAGUGGGGGCUGUGCUGCACCGCAUAGCGAGCGAAAUAAAGGAGACGUACACCUUAAAAGAGCGCCUUCGAACGAUAGAAGACAUCAGCUCUUUUAUGGUUAAGUUCAAAGUCAAGCAGCAGGAACACGCCUCUCUUAGCCUCCACGUCAAGCUUGCUUCCUUCAUUGCUGCUGUCUCACGUGACGCCAACUACCACAGCAGACUCUGCCUAGAAGACCGCCUUCUGCAGGGCACUCUCGGACUGGAGACAGGGCUGCUACGCAGCAGCAGUAGCAGCAGCACAGAACUCUUUGAGAAACUUAUAGACGAGUCCGCAGCAACGGAGGCAGCUGCCGCUUCCGGUUGCUUCUCUGCAGCAGCCACCACACUUGAUGAGGUGUACAGACUGCUCUGUCUUUACUCGGUGACUGCGGGGGGCAUCAAAGGAGCUCAGUUGGAACCCCUGUUGCACGCAUUGGUGCAGCAGCAUGGAACUCGUGAGCUGCGGCGCGUCGCAUGUAUGCAGAAGGUGGGGCUUCUGCGCGAGCAUAACCCUCUCAAGAAAACUAAAGUCAAUGGGGGCGGUAGUGGUGGCCCUGAGGCGUGGAAAUUCGUGCGAGAAAAGUGCAGAUUAAUGGUAGAUGAACAGCAAACCAUGAAAGACAUUGCCUACGUCUGCUCUGGAUAUGCUCCCCUCUCCGUCAGGUUGCUGCAGAUGCUGCACGAGACACCGUUGGGGUGGCGUGCGAUCCCCGAUGUGUUGAACAGUUUGUGGGGACCUGCGCUUGAGAUCCGGCAGCAGCAACAGCCGCAGCUGGGGCAGCAGCAGCGAGCUGCUCAGCAGCGCCAGCAGCAGCAGCACCGCCUGCAGGGAAGUUCGGGUGCAGAGGAGGACGAGGGGACGGGUGAGGGCAGUUCAGCUGCUGCACCUCCCCCUCUGCUAGUGCUAAUGUUUUAUAUAGGGGGGGUUUCACAUGCAGAGAUCGCCGCCAUCCGGCGGCUGAACGAAAUGGAGUUGCAGGGGAAUGUGAAGGCAGAACGAAGGCCGGAAAACACCAGAGUGCAGUACCUCAUAAUCACCACAGAGAUCCUCAACACAAGACAGCUGUUUAGAAGCAUGAUAGAAGACGUCGAUUAG